ACUGUCGCCACCACCAGCGAGGGUCCAUUGCGAGCCGCGGCAGUCCAAGAGCAAGCUCCACCACCCGCGAAUGCCGCCGCGAUUGAAGUGACGUCCUCCGCCUCCUCUUCGGUAGCUAAUCCUCAUCACCUCGGCCAUAGGAAGAAGAAAAGAAGAAAGUUGAGAGAAAAUUUCAUUGAAAAUGCAACGCAACGAGAAAUAAGAGCCUGCUGCAGCGAGAAAGAAGCUUUUCGCAUGAGGGAAGCUCGCGCAAGUGCCUACUACUCCUCGCACGGAUCACCCCCUUGUACGCUACGUCGAAGCCGAGCCUCGGCGUGAUCGAUUUAUUGCGAACCACGAAAUCCCGUCUCUGAGCACGAGCGAUGGCGUACUUCCGAGGGUUCUUCAUACCCUCGCUGAGCGCGACGAUGAACGUCGCCUGGGAGACGAUAAAGGCCAAGUGGCCUGAGAACAGCCCGUGUAUGGAGCUGAUCCGAGGUCCAGGUCCAGGCGCGAGACCACCGCCUGGAGCCGGUUACGACCAGCAGGGCGAGUAUCGCGAAGGUGCCGACGGCGCCGAGAUGGCCGAGCUCAAUGUCGACGCCGGCGGAUCGUACAACGGCGAUCAGAGGCACGUUACCAUGGCCGAGGACUCGUUCAGCUACCAGAGGAGCGGGGACAAAGUAAGAACUGGAAGUGUAAGUAGCGGCUUCAGUGAAUUCGACGAAGGUGGUGGUGAGUUUGGCUCGGGAGUUAAGAUCAACGAGUGGCAGGCCGCGUGGAACGUCACCAAUGCCAUCCAGGGCAUGUUCAUCGUGUCGCUGCCGUUCGCGGUGCUGCGGGGAGGCUACUGGGCGAUCGCCGCGAUGAUCGGCGUCGCGCACAUCUGCUGCUACACCGGCAAGAUCCUGGUCGAGUGCCUGUACGAGCUGGACCCGGCGACGGGCCAGAGGGUUCGCGUGCGCGACUCCUACGUCUCGAUCGCCAAGGAGUGCUUCGGACCGAGGGUCGGCGCGAGGGUCGUCAACAUCGCCCAGAUAAUCGAGCUGCUCAUGACCUGCAUACUCUACGUCGUCGUCUGCGGCGACCUCAUGAUCGGCACCUUUCCCGAGGGCGCCAUCGACACUCGCAGCUGGAUGAUGCUGAUCGGCAUAUUCCUGAUACCGCUGGGCUUCUUGAAAUCCCUGCACCACGUGUCGGUGCUGAGCUUCUGGUGCACGAUGGCUCACCUGUUCAUAAACGCGAUCAUAAUCGGCUACUGCAUCCUGGAGAUCGGCGACUGGGGCUGGUCGAAGGUCAAGUGGAGUCUCGAUAUGAAGACAUUUCCGAUCUCCCUUGGCGUCAUCGUCUUCAGCUACACGUCGCAGAUCUUCCUGCCUACCCUCGAGGGCAACCUCAUAGAUCGCAGCAAGUUCGACUGGAUGCUCAACUGGAGCCACAUCGCCGCCGCGGCUUUCAAGUCGAUAUUCGGCUGGGUCUGCUUCCUCACCUUCCAGAACGACACGCAGCAGGUGAUAACGAACAACCUGCACUCGGCGGGCUUCAAGGGCCUGGUCAAUUUCUGCCUGGUGGUAAAAGCGGUGCUCUCGUAUCCGCUGCCGUACUACGCGGCUUGCGAGUUGCUGGAACGAGCCCUCUUCCGUGGCAAGCCGAAGACGCUCUUCCCGACGAUCUGGACCCUCGAUCGCGAGCUCAAGGUCUGGGGCCUGGCCUGGCGCGUCGGCGUCAUCCUCUUCACCAUCCUCAUGGCUAUCUUCAUACCGCACUUCAGCAUCCUCAUGGGCUUCAUCGGCUCGUUCACCGGCACCAUGCUCUCCUUCAUCUGGCCCUGCUACUUCCAUCUCAAGCUCAAGCGCAACUCCAUGGAGACGAGCCAGGUCGCUUACGACUGUUUCGUCAUCUUCCUCGGCGUCCUCUUCGGCAUCAUCGGCGUCUACGACUCCGGCAAGGAGCUCAUCAGGGCCUUCGAGAUCGGUCUGCCGUUUUAGGCAGAUCGGCACCCCCCUCCUCGCGCCCUUCCUUUCUUCCCUCCCGUGCCACCGCUUGCGUUUUUUCUUUCACAAUAUACGAGCGCGCGAUUUCGCUUGGCUGCGUGUAUUUCUGCGUAUGCUUGAUGCUGCUCGCGAGCUCUCGUUCUAUGGUGAACCGAGAACUUCCUUGCUAUAGAGAAACGAACAUACAAGUCAAUAACGCUGUAACUAUUUGUAAAACGACGCUCGUGAAAAUCGACUCGUCGCUUGUCGCCAUACGCUCUGAGUCGCUAUCGCAUACGAGGGUGCAAGAACGACUAUAUGAGAUGACAAUAAUUGCAUGGUGAUAGAGGUAUAUGAAUGGUGAUGAUUAUCCAACGUCUUCCACAUAAAUGGUGAUGAUUAUCCAACGUCUUCCAGUGUCUAUUGACACACUCGUACGUUACUAUAUAUAUAUAUAUAUAUAUACAAAUGAACGUAGAUGUAAGUUAAUCUUAGAGAUAAUGUUUUUGAGCAAGUUUAUUCGCGUGUGGCAGUAUUCGAUAGCGAUUCAGAAAGGUGAAAAGCAACCAUAGCUUGACGAGAAUCUGAGCCAAUGAAGCAAAUUGAAAAAAAAUUGAAGCCUGAUGUCAAUUCGAAGUUACAAAGUCUCUCGUUGUGUAGAAGCGAGACACUUAUUCGAUUUUUAAACUUUCAGCCAAGCGAAAGUUUGCGCGCUAUAUUUCGUCGUCUGCAGUGCGAAUACGACUAAUAAUCGAGGGCGAGUCUGUUAUCCCUUCGUUUUAGACUAUAGAGCUAAAUAUAUACAUACA